CAUCAAACAGCCAAACAACGCAUCUCACAGCUUCAGAACAGCUUGGAAAGCUCUCUAUUCAAAAUGGCUAUCGCACCGAUCACUGGAAUGCUGCGGCGACAGCUCAUCCUUGACCUUGGCGUCGGUCUUGGAUCCGGAUUCAUCAUGGCCAACUGGUACUGGUACGGCUACCACAUGCCCCGAACCAACGGCCGAGACGCCUACUACGCCAAGAAGGAGGCCGAGCGUGCUGCCGCGCUGUCACAGGCACAGUAAGGGACAAUUGCAUAUAUGGGUGGACCGAGAGGGAAUGCGACAUGGACAACUGUUGGUCGAAUAGAAGGUGAAUGACGGGGCCAACGGACUGUUCGUUGUUGCAGGAGCAUGGCUGCUUGGCGGAUAUCAGAUAUCACGGAAGAAAGGCAGCCAGGCGAACCUCUACUUAGACCAAUAAGUCUCGGGGCAAUACGAUUCUAUUAUCUCGCUUGGCUUAGUAUAUUUAUUGAUGUACCGAUUCCCCUUUGCA